UCUGCUGCUAACGUUCGUAGGUCACAGGUUCCCCUGGUGUCAAUCGGGCCAAUAUGGAUCGGAUCGCCUCGUGGACGCUUCUGGCGGUGUGCUUCUCGGCGGCCGUGGGCACGGCUCACGGUGUGCUGUACACCAAGACUUGCCUAAAGUUCGAAGAGCAGUACACCUUCAAAGAGGAAAAGUUCGCAGGGAAGUGGUACGAGAUACGCCGGCUGUACGAUCCCAGCGAUCCGGAGCAGGAGGACUGCGUGGUGAUGCAGUACCGGCUUGGGCCGGAGGGCAGCUUCACGAUACUCCAAUCGUUCCAAAUCACCGACGAGGGCAAACCGAUCUAUCGCAGUGGUAAGGCCGAACCGAGAGUGUUCCACGAGUCGCGCGUCCCGCAGUUCUACGAGCGCUUCAAUACGACCAGCGCGGCCGAUCCCGAUACUUCGAUCGAUAUAAUCGCCACGGAUUACGCGAGCUACGCCAUCGUCUACUCCUGCACGCCGUUCAACGCGACGCACCAUCUGGAGGCCUCGUGGGUGCUCUCCCGGCAGCCAGCCCUCGAGAAGACCGAUGUCGAUCUGGUGGACCACUACCUGCAGAGCCGGUUCCACCGUGAGGACCACAAGUGGCGCGCCACCCAGCAGACGCCCGAGUUCUGCAAGAAGUCACUCGUCGAAGAUGCGGCCCCCGACAGUGGAGCCCUCAGAACCCUUUCGACCCACACGGUGCUGCUGGUUUCGCUGGCAACCCUGCUCGGAACCUUCCUAUCGUAGUUUGUUUUUGUCCAACAGUAAAACGACCCCCGCCCGGGGUCCACGUAAAAGCUUA